AGUCGGCAUCCCUGCACCACAGCGAACAGACCGCACUCGAGCUUAUACACAAUGGACUGGUUGCGAGCAUUCCUCUUCAAGCCCGUUUGCCAGUGGGUAAUGUGCCACGGCAGUCAGAUACCGGCUAACUCUGUGCCCGGCGGUAAAGACGGAGGAGAGACCAUCUACGUCGGCCGCGCGGUCCACGACGGUCAAGUCCUUCCGGGCAAAGUGGUGCCUUCGCACAGCUGCUGCUACGUCUCCUACGCUGGCGCCGAGCAUAGUCACAGGGACUAUCAAGUGCUAGUCUCCGAUGGUCCUCCGAUGGCUUGGGUGCCAGCUUCCCACGGCUCGGUGCCAACUGGAGCCAUUCAGGGCGGCACGUCCAGCUCAGGAGAGCCACUGUACAUCGGCCGAACCUUCCACAACAGAACGCUGACCAUUGGAAAAGUGCACCCAUCGCACAAUUGCCUGUACAUACCGUACGGCGGCAAAGAACACCGCUACUCAAACUACGAAGUAUUGGUUACAGUCAACUUCUCACCCACAUACAGGCCCGUGUGCGAGUGGGUCAUAUGCUUCGAGAACCGCAUUCCGUACAACGCGGUGCCCGGCGGUGAAGACAGCGGAGAGACCAUCUACAUCGGCCGCGCUGUGCACAACGGCGAGGUGAUACCUGGCAAGGUGGUGCCGUCUCACAGCUGCUGCUACGUCGCGUAUGAGGGCGCCGAGCACAGCCACAGGGACUACCAGACUCUCAUCUCGGAUGGCACUCCGUUGUCCUGGGUGCCGGCUUCCGACGGCGCACUUCCCACCGGCGCCGUCCAGGGCGGCGUGUGUGCUUCGGGCGAGCCACUCUACAUCGGCCGUGCCUACCACGAGGGAACACUCACCAUCGGCAAAGUGCAACCUUCGCGCCGCUGCCUCUCCAUCCCGUACGGUGGCGAGGAGCAUUGCUACUCAGACUACGAGGUACUGGUGGUACAGACGGUCAACUUCUGAG